CAUAAUCUAGCGCUCAGGAGCGGAGAGGCCAAAAAAAAAAAAAUGCCGAUCCCUCGGAUAGCAAUCGGGACUCGGGAGGAGGUGAUUCACCCAAGCGCCUUCCAGGCCGCGCUCGCGGAGUUCAUAUCCACGCUCAUCUUCGUCUUUGCUGGCCAGGGCUCCGUCAUGGCUUUCAACAAGCUGACCGGCGGCGGUGCCACGACGCCGGCUGGCCUGGUAGCAGCAUCGGUGGCUCACGCCUUCGGACUGUUCGUGGCGGUGUCGGUGGCAGCUAACUUCUCCGGCGGGCACAUCAACCCGGCGGUGACCUUCGGUGUCUUCAUCGGCGGCAGAAUCACUUUACUAAGAGGCAUCCUGUACUGGAUCGCUCAGUUCCUCGGCUCCACCGUUGCCUGCCUGCUGCUCCGCUUAUCCACCGGUGGCCUAGCCACCGGCACCUUCGGCCUCACCGGUGUCGGUGUCUGGGAGGCUCUCCUCCUCGAGAUCGUCAUGACCUUCGGCCUCGUCUACACCGUCUACGCCACCGCGGUGGACACCAAUAAAGGGAGCCUCCAAACGAUGGCACCGAUCGCGAUCGGUUUCAUCGUGGGGGCCAACAUCCUCGCCGGCGGGCCCUUCGACGGGGCGUCGAUGAACCCGGCGGUGUCGUUCGGGCCGGCGCUGGUGAGCUGGUCCUGGAACGACCAAUGGGUCUACUGGCUCGGCCCACUCAUCGGCGGCGGUCUCGCUGGGCUCGUCUACGAGACCUUCUUCAUCCCCCCCACACCCGAGCAGCUCCACACCAGUGACUACUGAGUAACAGCUGUUGCUCGUUCUCCCGUUGUUUCUUCUGUUCUUGGCCUCCAAAAUAAUUAAUUCAGGCUCUUGUUUUCCUUUUCGUUCUUUCGUGCAAUCUUGAUGUACCAUGGGGACCAUGUGGGCCAUCCACAUUCUAUGUUGAAUUGGGGAGAAUCCAAACUCAAUAAACUUGGUG